UAUUUAAAGGAGUAGCUCUUCGCUCAAUAUUCAGACACCUCUGGAAUAUCAUCCGUAAAGGAAUUACAAUUUUGCCGAGGAAACUUCAUCCUAAAGGUUAUCUAUAUCUUCAUUAACCAUGUCGUUGUGGUUUGCUGUACUUUAUGUAUUAGGUCUUCUGUCUAUAAGCCGUUGCACUUUAGGCUCUGAAGCAAAUGUUCCAACACCGAUUACAUGUGGGACCCGGGCAGCUGAUCUACCAGACACACGUCAGCUGGUGCUCUGCCCGGCAAACUGCUCUCUGUGGAGUCUGUCAGUGUUCGGUUCAGGAGUUUAUGCCUCAAUUUCCAGCAUCUGUGGAGCUGCGAUACACAGAGGAAUCAUAGGUCAAUCAGGUGGACCUGUGGAGGUUCACGGACUCCAGGGCAGGACAAGCUACCUCAGCUCUUAUGCUCACGGUGUCCAGUCUCAAUCUCUUGCACAAUGGAGUUCAUCUUUUACUGUGGCCAGAACAAUUAGCUUGCCUUUGGAAGUGUCUAGCAAAACCAGCAGUUCUGCCACGGCUGCUUCUGGAACAGCCAAGAAACCAGUUAAAGUCCCGAGGAAACCUCCUCCUGCAACACCAAACAGAGAUUGCCCCGUGGAUAUGGCUUUGCUGCUGGACAGCAGUUAUAACAUUGGACAGCGACGAUACAACUUGCAGAAGAACUUUAUAAGUAAACUUGUGUCGACGCUAAAAGUUGGAUCACCGGGACCUCACGUAGGAGUGGUGCAAACCAGCGAGAGCCCUCGAACUGAAUUCUACUUGACAAACUACACUACAGUCAAAGACUUGUCUUUUGCCAUCAAAGAGAUUCCAUACAUUGGGGGCAACACAAAUACAGGUAAGGCAAUACUACACACUGUGAGGAACUUCUUCAAUCCGGAUUUUGGCGUGAGGAGAGGUUACCCACGGGUCAUCGUGGUAUUUGUGGAUGGCUGGCCCUCUGAUAAUGUAGAAGAGGCAGCGGUUUUGGCCAGAGAGUCGGGCAUUAAUGUGUUCUUUGUGUCUGUGGCCAAACCUGCACCCGAGGAGAUGAGUAUGGUGAGCGAACCAGACUUCAUGAGAAAGGUGGUGUGCAAAGACAACGAGUUCUUCACCUUCACCAUGCCCAGUUGGUUCGGAACCAACAAGUUCGUAAAGCCCCUCGCUCAUAAGCUUUGCUCCAUCGAUCAGAUGCUCUGCAGCAAGACGUGCUACAACUCCGUGAACCUGGGCUUCCUGAUUGACGGAUCCAGCAGUGUAGGCGAUGGGAACUUCAGGCUAGUGCUGGAACUUCUGGUCUCCAUCGCACGCAGCUUCGAUAUCUCAGACAUCGGAUCUCGCAUCGGUGCCAUCCAGUUCACAUACGACCAAAGGAUGGAGUUCAAUUUCAACGACUACACCACUAAAGACGAUGCGUUGAAGGCUCUGCAGAACAUCGCGUACAUGAGCGGAGGCACGGCCACUGGAGAUGCCAUCAACUUUGCUGUGCGCAAUCUCUUUAAACCUCGCACGGGCUCUAGCAAGAAGUACCUCAUAAUCAUCACUGACGGACAGUCUUACGAUGAUGUGAGAGUUCCAGCUAUGGCUGCCCAGAGAGAGGGGAUUACCGUGUAUACCAUUGGUGUGGCUUGGGCUCCGAUGGAAGAUUUGAGGGCCAUGGCGUCCGAGCCCAAAGACAGCCAUGUGUUUUUCACUCGAGAGUUUACCGGCCUGGCGCAGUUUCAUCAGCCCAUCGUGCGAGGCAUCUGCAGGGACUUCACAGAGUUUAAUUAGGGAGUGCAACUUAUUUGCGAGAAAUUGAAAACAUGGGCAAAAAUGGGCGAGCUUAAUUAUAAAAGCAUCAUUUUUAUUGUCAUAUUUGGCUUUUCUUACAUAUCUUAUUUAGAACUGAAAUAAGACCAAUAAUGUAGUUUUCGUAUUUAAAUGAAUUGUUCAAGGCAGGGACGGGAUGAUUUUAUUCCUGUGGGAAAAGAUUGCACGGUAAUGCAACAUUUGAUCUUAAAUUGUAUUUGAGAACGUAUCACACAGUAUUUUACGUCAGCCUCUCUUGAGUAAUAUGGAAAAUAUGUCAUUAUUUGUGAUUUGUAAUCUUUGCGAUCCUGUCGACUACGCCAAGAGUUUAAUGUAAAAAAAGGCUCUUUUAUAUUAACUUUGGGAGUCAAGAUUUGAUUCAUGCAAGGUUGUGCAAGAUUUCUUAACAGCAUUAUGAGGAGGAUUUGCAGUGAAACAGCAUCCUCAUGUGCAUUCUGUCGGAAGUACAGUUUUUAUGUAUCAUUUUUUAAAUUUGCUAAUUCACGUCAUUACAUAACUCCAUCUAUGUUAUAUAAUAAAUACAAUAUGGUCCUUCCCAGGGGUACCAAUCAAUAAACAUGCACUGUAGUACAUGCACCACUUCUUCAUCACACGUUCACAAUGUCUGGAAAUGUAUUUGAUUAGCUAGCAAUUUUGAUCAUAUAUUAAGCUACACUAGCGCACCUUUCCCAUCUUUCCCAUAUGCAUGCUUUACUCUCACAUAAAGACAACACAGGGAGGAGGGGGCAUCAGACUGCUUGUACAUUUGUUUUUAAUUUAUUACUUUCCUCUCAAUAAAAGACAAGGUGUUUUUACAACUGA